CAAUCGUGCUCUAAGUGUCCGUCCAUCAGUUGCUCUCUGUCAGUUUUGCUCAGUUUUUUUGUACCCGGUCUCCUCCAUCAUGUUGGCUCCAGCUCUGCUCCAGACCUCACUGGUUCUCUGGUUGGCUCAGCAAACUCUGCAAGGCGGGGUUAAACCUCAAACUAUGUCCUGGGGGAGAGUGCUGCCAGCCAGAGGUGUUGGUAUUGGAGUAAAACCUGGAGCUGCAGGUGCCCUUGGAGCACUGGGGAGCCGAUACGGCAGCAAAGCAAUGAAGACUGGAAUUGGACGUUAUCCAGGCGUUGGAGGUUACAGAGCUCUUGGAUUGGGAGGUAGAGCCGGCCUGAAGCCAGGCGGAUAUGGAACCCAGGGAGCAUAUGGCGCCAGUCUGGGCACAGGAAUGGGUUUGGGCACUGGAUAUACAAACGGACUGGGACUGAAUCUGGGUCAGGGAGGAAAACGUGUUUAUGGUGCUGGCCAUGGGACUCUGCCAGGAUAUGGAGCUGUAGCUGGCAUUGGCUAUCCUGGAGCCCGACCGGGAAUGGGACUUGGCUAUCACACUGGACAGAGGGCUAAGGAACAAAAACCCGGUGUGUCUACAGCGGAUUUGGGUGGACCUAAGAUGGCCAAUCUGGGCCAAGCUGUUCAAGAUCUGAAGAGAGAAAAGAGCAGAGCACUGGGUCCGUCGUAUGGAAAAAGAGACAGGACUCUUGGACCUGAAAUACCCAGCAUGAGGAGAACAAAUGUACAUGGUCUCUCUGCUCCUGAAUUACAGGCAGAAACUGGCUUUAUAUCUUUACUGCCACCUGGGAGAGAGGUGAAAAGCCUUGAUCCAGUAGUUAGGGCUUCAAGUCUUGGACCUCUGACACCCCUUGAUAAACAGACUAAAGGUCUGGUUGUUUCACAAGCACAAGAAGGACAAAGUUAUGAGCCUAUGAUCUUAGAAAGAAGGGGUGUAGCAAGCCACAGAGCCACACUUGCCACUGCACAGCAACUGCCUCUUGAUAAAGACAACAUCAGAAGUCUGGGUUCUGCUUCUUCUCAGGUACAGAGUGCAAGACACUAUGAUUCAUCCAGCCAACAAAAUCAGCGAACCCGAAACUGUGGAUCCAGUGAUAGCGAUUUGUCACGUUUGUUGGAAAUCAAUCGCCAUGAGCUUUUGGGUUCAGAAACGCAGAGGAGGCAGAGUUCAGUGCCCCAGCUUCACGACGAUAAGGACAGUAAAUAUCUUGGACAAGCAGCUCCACAAGCACAAGAGGAGAGAACCUAUCGACUGCCUCUCUCACAAACGCCGGAUACCAGAAGCAAUAUAUUCUCUCUUCCACUGAGUCAGGGAACCAGGAACUAUUUCUCUGCUGUAGCAGAAGGGCAGGGUGUCAAAGACCUUGGGCCUGUGGCCACAGACGCAAAUGGGCCUGGAAUCCGUGGGACUGUUUCUGUAGAAAAUCAUAGUCGCAGUUCUGUAAAUCUUCAAGUACAAGGAGGGGGGAGACCACUAAUCCCAGGAGCAAGUGGAACCCAAAGUUUAGGCAGCACCGCAGUAGAAGGGCAGGAAGCUAAAGGCUUUACUGACGAUGGUCAGGAAGCAAAACACCUUUCCAAUGCUGAACGUGAAGUCACAAAGUCAAAAUCUCUCAGUAUCCCAGGACAGACUGGGAGGAAUACCCAGGCAACAAGUUAUACUGGUGGAGCAGGAAACUAUUUGGGAGCAAACCUGGGCGCUGGGGGCUAUGGAGCAGGUUUGGGACAGGGAGCAUACCUGGGUGGUGCAGCAGGCAAACAUGCAGCUGCUGCUGCUGCUGCUGCUGCUGCUGCUGGUCUUGGACAGGGUGGGUAUCCCCAAGGUGCCGCAGGGAUAUCAACUGGAUAUGGCGAGGGAGCAACAGGGCACCUGGGUGCCAUGGCAGGCAAUGGCUACGGUUAUGGGAAUGGUUACAGCAAUGGUCACGGGGCUGGGCUUGGUUACCCUUCAGAAUUAGCUGAAGUUGCUGAGAACAAAGCAGGGAAGCAUGAAGCCCUCAGUACAGGAGGCCAAUAUGGACAGGUCCAGGGAGCGUAUGGAGCACUCGGUACAGGGCUGGAUUCAACUGGUGGCAAAUAUGGAGGAGCUGCUCAGGUUCCUUAUGGUAACGCUCCAGUGAUUCCUACUGGACUGGAAGGUGAUGGUGGUUACCCGUAUGGCACUCAGCAUCUCGGGCUCGGUGCCGAAGGUGCCAAAACCCUCAACAAAUAUGGAGCUCAGCAAACAGGUUAUGUUGCACAGCUUGGAACAACUCAAGAUGGCUUUGGAGAGCAAGCUGGCAAAUAUGGCGGAGUGAAUGGUGCCCUUGGAAAUGGAUACAAAGGCUAAUUCAAAUGACCUGGACUUCUUCAAGUGGAUCAUUUCCAUAAUGUGUUCAGUGUAAUGUGUUUUUAAAGCUUUUCGUGUGUUUCAACCCAUUUUUCCUGUUGUGUUAUGUCUGUUUUGUCAUGUUUUAUUUUUCUUAAUCCCUUUGUCUUUCUCUGCAAGUGGACAUUUGCUACCCAUGUCUGUGUGUCUUGUUGGUCAAAACCCUUGCAGUGCCCCACCAGUCUUAUCUGUCGAAACUGAAAAAAACUGGUGGCGAUUGAUGAACAUAAAUAGAUGUAAAGUGCAAGAAAAUUGUCUGUAUGUUUUAAAAUUAAUAAUAAAAUUAUGAUUUUACAGUUUGAAGCCAAUAAA